CGAUGCGACGAGCGCGGAGCGUCAUCGGGAAGAGGCACACCCUGGUCUCGGGUUAGCCAGGUCUCUGUUCCCGGCAGAUAUAAUACAUCUUGCCCAGCCCCAUCAGCUCCUGGGCUUUACUCCUCCUUACACUUUAGAACUCUGGAACAUUUCGUUGUCUUCACUGUGACCUCAUCCCGCAAAGUCGCACAGACGCCGACGAGCCUUUCAGUACAAUCAUCUAUUCUCCAUAUAGCACAGAACCCAAUCCGUCAUGUCUCUCGCCAACGACAAAUUCCCCUCCUCGGCCGCUUUUGACGCCAUCGCCAGCGCCCUUAGCAACGACGCCGAUAAGAAGGACGCCAUCAAGCAGGGCAAGGCGCUCUUCGCCUUCACCCUCAAGAACACUGCGGGUGAGACUGAGAGCUGGCACAUUGACCUGCGCGAGAAGGGCGAGGUCGCCAAGGGUCUUGGAGAGAAGCCGAAUGUCACCCUGACGCUAUCCGAUGCCGACUUCGGCAACCUGGUGAUCGGCAAGGCCAAUGCGCAGAAGCUGUUCAUGAGCGGGAAGCUCAAGAUCAAGGGCGAUGUCAUGAAGGCCACCAAGCUGGAUCCCAUCCUGAAGAAGGCCCAGACCAAGGCUAAGCUAUGAGCGGUACCGGGGGCUUUUGGUUUAGAUUUACUACGAUUAAUCCGACUUGCUUGUUCUAGAUGGACGAUAUAUCGGUCCUCGCUUGAAUUCUCGACAGCGCUGUAAUGUUUGUCAGAAA